GGAAUCGGAAAAGAAGAGACAAAGCAGCCAUUUUAUUUGAGGGCAAAGGGAUGAGGGAUGCAAGAAAGGCCUUCAAGACGGACUACGGCAAGUUAGGAGUCAAGGUAGAUCUUCCUGUUGCUCAGGUUGUCCUUGCUCACCUGCCUUCUUUGCUGACUGCCUUCGGUGCUUGAAGGGAAACAAGAAAAUGAUGCUCCUCUUCCGGAAAAGGAAGCCCAGCGACGAAGCCCGAAAGCGCCUCGAGUACCAGAUGUGCCUGGCAAAGGAAGCCGGAGCUGAUGAUAUCCUUGAUAUAUCCAAAUGUGAACUCUCAGAGCUUCCCUAUGGUGUUUUUGCCACCUGUAAAGUCCUGCAGAAGAAGGUGUUGAUCGCUCACACCAACACCUUGACUUCGCUCAUCCCCAAAUCCUGCAGCCUCUUGAGCCUCAUAACAGUGAAGGUUUUGGAUCUGCAUGACAACCAGAUGACAUCCCUGCCUGCUGAUAUCGGUCAGCUGAAAUCCCUCCAGGUCCUAAAUGUGGAGAAAAAUCUCUUGAAGGUGCUUCCGGAUUCUAUUGGGGACCUCGCCCAGUUGCAGACCCUUAACUUGAAAGGCAACAGGCUGAAGGAGUUGCCCACAACCUUGGGAGGCCUACGCAGCCUGCGGACCUUGGACGUCAGCGAAAACCUCGUCCAGGUGUUGCCCCUGGCGAUCGCUCACAUCCGGACAUUGGAGACACUGACGCUGAAUUCUUCCUCCAUGACCUACCCACCCUGUGAGAUCUGCAGCAUUGGCACAGAGGCCAUCCAGAAGUUUCUGUGUGAAGAAUUCGGAAUCGAAUACAAUCCUCCUUCUCAGUAUUUACUCCCUGUGUUAGAAAGUGACGGCGGGGAAACGGCGGUGGACGGGGUCAAAUAUGUGCAAAAUGAGGCCGAAUGGCAGAACAAAUUCCUGGACUACGAAAAGAGAAAGGAGCAGAAAAUGCAAGAAAAGCUGGAGUUCGAGCGCUGGCUGAACCUGGAGCAGCGGGAACAAGCACAGCUCAUGCACCAAAACAAUGCCCAGAAAGAAGAAAUCCUUGAGAGCAUGAAGGAGGACCAAGUGCGGCUGGAGGAAGGACUGAGCCGGCACCAGCAACGCCUGGGAGAGGAGCGCCUGAAGCUUCUGGGGCAGCUCAAAGAGAUGGAGAAAGGGGUCACGGGCCGCAUCCAGAAGCUACUGGAAGAGAACCAAAGGCAAAAGCAGAAUUCGGAGAUCCUGAAAUCCUUAGAGAAUGAUCGGAUCCGGAUGGAGCAGCUGAUGGCUAUCACUCAGGAAGAAGCGGAGCAGUUGCGCAGGAAGGAAGUCGCUGCGGCCAUGCAGCAAAUGCUCUCCGAGACGUACAAGAACAAGCUGCUCCAGGUGGCCUAUGAGUCGCGGCGGCAAGACCUAGUGAAUCAGACGUAUUCCAGCAUCGCCAAAAUGGACCAGAAGUUCCAGCAGAUCUUGGCCUGGCAACAGCUGGACCAGAACAAGGCUGUGAACCAGAUCUUGCAAGAGAGAGAAAUGCAGAAAGCGGCCUUCGAGGCCCUCCAGGUAAAGAGAGACCUCAUGCACUGCCAGAUCCGAAACCAGAUUAAGUUAAUAGAAAGAGAGCUCCUGCAGCUCACCCAGCUGGAGGUAAAGAGGCAGCAGUUGGACACCGAGGCUUUGCAGGAGGUGAUCGCAGAACAACGGCGGGCACUGACCUACUUGCUGCAGCAGCUGCUGAAAGAGAAAAAGCAGCGGGAAGAGGAACUGCUUGAAAUCUUGAAAGAGUUGGAGUCCAAGAGCGAGACCAAGCAGGAGAACUAUUGGCUGAUUCAGUACCAAAGGCUGCUUGAUCAGAAGCCGCUUUCGCUCCGGUUGCAGGAGGAAGGCCUGGAGCAACAGUUGGUCAAGAUGCUGACCGAGCUGUCAGCCGACCAGUACCUGCCCAUCUUCGCCCAUCAUCGGAUCUCGCUCAAAAUGCUCAGCGCCAUGGUCCCAGCAGACUUGGCAAAGAUAGGAAUUGCUGAAACCGGCCUGCAACUCUCCAUCAUUCGGAGGGCCAAAGAGAUACAGGCAGUUGCGGAAACCAUACCAGAGUUACUGAAGCCCACAGAAGAAGCCACACCUUCCGCCCCAGCAUCCAGGGAGGUGACCCCAAGUGCUGAAGCCCCUUCGGCCCCACCUCCAGAAGAGCAGCAUUGCGAAUGUGUGGUCUGCAUGGAACAACAGGCUCAAGUGAUCUUCCUGAACUGCGGCCACGUCUGCUGCUGCCAGAUCUGCUCCGAUGCCCUCAGCACCUGCCCGCUGUGCCGCCAGGACAUUGUGCACCGGAUCCGCAUCUUCCACAGCGGUUAGGCGCAGAUGAAUCUGCCUGUGGCACGGCAUACCUCCCAGAGAUGGAUGGACCGGGAACAGGGGUGCCGAGGACGGGUGGCGUGGUGGGAAGGCACGCGUGGAAUUUGCACUACCUCCUUGCUCUUCAUAAUCGCCUAAUGCUUGUUGUCGUUGUCCUCCCAGUAGUGUGUUCACUUGGCAUGGCAGCCAUUCCUCUUCUAGCGCUAGCUCGAUCAGCCCCAAGGAUGCUUAACCUAGCCAAAAAGGCUUCCCGUUUCGUAGCUGGUUCUUUAGUCGGCAGCCAAAUGGAGUGACAUGAAAAUUUGAUAUAAGCCCCAAAGAAAGCAGGGAGGCUGCUUUCAGUCAUCGCCAACUCUGCUCUGACUGUGAAGCCAUGUUUCUCCUUUGCUUUGGGAAGGUGCAAUUGCCAGUUACGGGUCACGGACUGUUAACAAUCCAGAUUAUGGCCUUGUUUUUGCCUGUUUUGGCUACGAUAGAUGUCGAUGGGAAUAGUGCAAUACAUCUGGGAAAAUGUAAAGACAUUUUCAGCGAUAAUAGCAGUAUCGACCUCUUGGUCUCGUUGAAAGAGAGGGAUAAGACCUUUUCCAUCUCCCGCUCUAUCCUUUCCAUUAAGUAGAGGAGGAAGUGCGAGACCAGAUAGUGGAGGUGUUUUCCCGUCAACGGGUGAAAGAUCGGAGUCCUGUUUACCGCACCCGUUUAUUCCUUUUCCAGGAAUAUGUUGAAAAGGAGGCAGAUGCCCAAGUCAGUCUCAACCUCAGGGAGGGUCUGGUGAGCAUUGCCUGGUUGGAUGAAGUCCGAUCCACCCACCGUCCUCUUGUUUCUGCCUAUCGUUGGGUGGCCUCUUGGUUAAUUAGUCAGUAAAUGGCCUUUUGCAGUGCCAAGUCAACACAAGAAGGGUGUUGGCUACUCCUUAACCUUGGCAAGUUUCCCGCCGGGAGAAAGUGGACGCGGUGAAAGAAGAGCUUGAACAUGGCUUUGUUGUCCUGGUGCCAAAAUCCAUCACAGCUCAUCCUCAUUCAGAAGUUAAACUGGGAGGCCAAGAUAGAGAAGGACAAAAGAAGGGCACAGUGAAGUCAAUGUAGUGUGCUUCUUUUCCAUAUCUUUCCCCUUGUUCUGUCCUGUUUCUGAACCAUAAAGGACAAUGGGUUCCCCUAAACUGUGAAGACCAAAAUCCACUGCUUGUGGUAAUAUGAAAAUAAUUACACAAACUCAAUGUAUAUAUUACAACUAGCUGUGCCCGGCCACGCGUUGCUGUGGUGUUGUCUGGUGGUGUUGGUGAGAAAUUGUUGAGGUAGUGGUGGUAUUGAAUGUCUGUUGUAUGGUUGCCUUUAUGUUUAGUAUGCACACUGAAGUGGAUUAUAUGGCAGUGUGGA